GGGGGCGGGGCUUUCGAAGCAGGGGCCGGAGUGGAUGUAUCGGGAUUUGAUGGGCCCCGUGCCUAGGAGCCUGGCGUUAGGGGCCUGGGUUUGCCUUGCCGUGGUGCAGGAAAGCAAAGCCUGACCUCUUCAGUCAGGGCGCUGGCUGGCAAGGUGGCGUCAACAUAACUCGCUGAAGGCAUAGAAAACUGAGUUAGUGUGAAGAGAUGUUUCCUUUGGCAGAGAACCAUUGCCAGCUAAUUGAUUGGUCUGUAACUGAACCACAUGCUCAGGCAAACAGAUAUAUGGGUCUCCUUACCAGAAAUUUUGAGGAUGUCCGAUGUAAAUGCAUAUGUCCUCCUUACAAAGAUCAUCCUGGCAAUAUUUACAACAAAAAUGUUUCACAGAAAGACUGCGAUUGUCUUCAUGUGGUCGAGCCUAUGCCUGUCCCUGGACCUGAUGUGGAGGCAUACUGCUUACGUUGUGAAUGCAAAUAUGAAGAGAGAAGCUCUGUCACAAUUAAAGUUACAAUAAUAAUCUAUUUGUCCAUCUUGGGCCUGCUGUUACUGUAUAUGGUGUACCUUACAUUGGUAGAACCUAUACUGAAGAGACGUCUCUUUGGACAUUCACAACUGAUACAAAGUGAUGAAGACAUUGGGGAUCACCAACCUUUUGCAAAUGCUCACGAUGUGCUGGCGCGUUCUCGGAGUCGGGCCAAUGUAUUGAAUAAAGUGGAGUAUGCCCAGCAACGCUGGAAGCUGCAGGUCCAAGAGCAGCGCAAAUCUGUCUUUGACCGUCAUGUUGUGCUCAGUUAAUUGUCUAAUUCAGUGAUGACCAGAAGAAAGUAAAAUGGACUAACAGAAAGAACUGACUUAUGUCUUCCUGACUCUACCACUUCUGAAGGUUCUUUUGAAUAGUUUGUUACUGCAACAAACAAGUGUUAACUUUGUAAGAAUAUACCGGAGUGGAAGCUAUCAAAAAUAAACAAAAUAAAGUUAAUUAGCCAACAGCUGAUAAUUCUUUACAUUUUUUAAAAAUGACGUUUACUAACAACUAAAAAAAAAAAUCCUUCACUAAGGUAUAUUUGGAUGUAAUCAUGGUAUCAUAUUUAUUAUGAUUUAAGAUGUUUUUAAAUGUAACUUAUACAAUUUAAAAAGCACCAGGGAGCAUAUACUGUAACAAAAGAUCAGUUAUAACACACUAACCACUUGACCCAGUGAACUUCUGUAAAUAUACUUGGUUUUUCUCCUCACUGUUUUAUGCGAUGUAUUGGAAAUCUAAAUCUUGCAGUGUAGUUUUCCUAUCAGACAUUGGCAAGUAGUGUUCAUCAUUUGGUUUCUUCUGCUGUUAUUUUGAAGAUGUUUGUAUGGCAGCUGAUCUUUGCACUCUGAAGGCAAAACUUAAAUGGACAAUGACCAUUGAUGAUAAGCUGCACAAUUAAGGUAUCGUGAUGUAAGUAAACUAAUGCCAUGCAUAUGAAGACAGUGCUUUACCAUUUUGCUUUGGCCAUUUAGUAUAUUGUGUACGCUAUCUAUAAAUCUCAUCCCUGUCUCUUCAUGGAUAAAGUCUCAGGAGUCAGUGUAUGAAAAAGUAUAUAUUUAAAAAAUUAACUCUGUAUUUGUCUGGAUUGAUGGUAUAAGGCGCACAUUCUUCAGCAUCUUCUGUUGUCUUGGGAGUUAGGUGUAUUUUUUUAACUGUGAUGCUGAGGUAUACAGCUACUGGCUAAGGGCAACUUUCUUAUAUCCUCUUUGGAAUGGAACAAUUAAAGAUUAUCAUGAUUUUUGAAAAACCUA